CCUCUCUCUAAACCCCAACCAACCAACCAACCCCGUCCGCCCGCCGGCAAGAAAACCCCAGUCCCUUCCCGGAAUCCCCAUUCCGGCGAGCCCGACCGACCGGCCUCCGAUGGCGUCGGCGACGGCGGAGCUUGAGGCCGCCAUCGCCGCCCUCCCCGCCAAGAAGCAGCGCCUCCGGGAGUCCUUCGACCGCCUCCUCGCCGCCUCCCCCAUCCCCAUCCCCUUCACCUGGGCCGACGUCGACGCCCACAUGUCCUCCCUCCAGUCCUCCAUCGCCCUCCGCUUCCGCCAGCUCCAGGCGCACCAGGCCGCCGCGCUCCGGACCACCGCCGAGCACCAGCGCCAGCUCCACCCGGGGGGCAAGGGCCAAGACAGCAGCGAGGAGGAGGAGGAAGAUUGGGCGCGGCCCAAUCGCGCGCCUUCAGACCUCAAUGCUGGGGAGGAGGGGUCGCAGGGGAGUGCGGAGAUGGCAAUCGAGGCGUGUCCCGACCGGUACGACGCCGUCGAGGAGGGGGAGGCGUCUCCUGGCCUUGAACCAGAGGAGGGGGAGGCGUCUCAACCAGAGGAGGAGGAGGAGGAGGAGGAAGAUGGGAGGCGGGCCAAGCGGGCGCCUUCGGACCUCAAUGCCGGGGAGGAGGGGGAGCAGGGGAGGGCGGAGAUGGCAAUCGAGGCGUCUCCCGACCAAGACGACGCCGUUGAAGAGGGGGAGGCGUCCCCUGGCCUUGAACAAGAGGAGGAGGACGCGUCUCCUGGCCUUGAACCAGAGGAGGAGGAAGAGGAAGAGGAAGAGGAGGAGGAGACCAUCCUGGGGGCGUACCCAAGCCAUCGCCAUGGGGAGACGACGGAGAAGGCACCGAGCAGCUGCCGGACGCCGGACCCCGCAGGCGGCGCGGGGGAGGCGGUGAGGUGGAACCUCGCGGCGGCGCGCGCGGACAGGGACGCCUCGCUGCUGGCGGACAUGCUGUACUGGGGCAACAAGAGGAGCCUGCGCGCCCGGCGGCAGUUCCUCCCGGCGCUCCUGUGCGCCGCGGAGCCCCACGCGCUGGUCGUCGGCGCCGUCAGGGACUUCCUGGCCAGGGCCGAGCCCAAGAGCGACAAGAACUGGGAGAACUGCGCCUCGCUCCUCUGCUGCGUCCCCAGCCUCAGGGCCGAGCCGUCGGCAGCCACUCUGGAGCGGGCCAGACGGCUGGCGGAGGACUGGAGGGAGAUGAUCACCGGCAGGCCUGAAAGCUGCAGGGACCUCGGCCGGCUCGCCGUAUGGGGCCUUCUGCAGUUUCUUGCCUCGUACAAAAUUGCCUUGGAGCUGGACGCUGAUGGGAUCAACCAUCUCCUCGCCGACGUCCCGCGCAACAAGAAGCAGAGCUGCAUCGAGCUCCGCAAUGGCCUUGGGCUGAUCCACUCCAUGGCUGACUCGGCCGACCAUCUGAUUGAGAAUGGGCAGCCAGUUGAUGCUAUCAGCCAUCUGAUUGAGAAUGGGAAGCUACUUGAUGCUAUCAAACUGGCGUGUGAUUUGAAUCUGACCGACAAAUAUCCUCCACUUUCCCUCAUGAAUGAUUAUGUUGAGAAGGUUAAGAAGACUGCUCAGGAGAUAUUGAGUAGGGAAGGCGAUUCACCGGACUCUCUGAACCAGGCCAUGGCGAGGCAGGUGAACGCCCUGAUACUGUCGUGGAGGGCGGUGGACGAGCACGUCGAGAUCGCGCACCGCACCGGCAUCAAGGCGGAGAUCACCCAGCUGCUGCACGGAUACGCGCGCAAGCGGCAGAGCUUGUCGGCCGCCGGUUCCUCCUCCUCCUCCUCCCCGCCUGCCUGGAGCCCGCCGCGGCGGCGUCAGGAGCCGCCGCCGGAAGAGGAGGAGGCCGGGCAGAGGCAGAACAAGAAGCGGAAGCGGAAGCCGCACUGGCUGCAGCGGGAGGCGAGGCAGCGCCGGUUCGACGAGCAGCCCAGGUUCUUGCCCCGGUGCGGCGGCGGCGGCGGCGCCCGGACGGGAUACGACGCCGGCGGUGCCCGUGAUCGUCGCGGCGAGGGGCUCCCGGGGGACCGUGGAUGGUCUCCUCGAGGCACUGGUAGCCCGUAUUAUUAGCUGGUAGCGUCGCCCGCUCUUGGCUUGUACGUCCUGCUGCCUUGCCUUCAGACCAGAGAAGAGUAUGUAUGUAUGUAGGAGUAUGGUGCGACUGAACAUGAGGCUGAUGGUGCACGUAUCUUUAGGAUUAAUUAACGUAAAGUUGAGCUUAACCUCGGGGUUUACUGGUUAGAGUGCCUCACUCA